AGCGAGACGCUGGGGAAGUUCACCAACGUUGGCCGGUUUGUCACGCUCACCACCCGCAGCCUGCACCGCCUGCCACCCCACGUCCAGCAGAAGUUUGUCCGCCUCAAAGGCCGGGACAAGCUACCCGAGCUGCUGCAGCUACUCAAGGAGCGCCCGGCGUCGCAAGGGGCCAUCCUCAUCUUCUGCAACAGUGCCAGCACUGUCAACUGGCUGGGCUAUAUCCUAGAUGACCACAAAAUCAAGCACCUGAGGUUGCAGGGACAGAUGUCGGCAGUUGCGAGAGCUGGCAUCUUUGCCUCCUUCCAGAAGGGCGACGUGUCUGUCCUGGUCUGCACUGACCUUGCCUCGCGGGGGCUGGACACCAGCGGUGUGCAGCUGGUGGUCAACUAUGACUUCCCAGACACCCUGCCGGACUACCUGCACCGCGUGGGGCGAGUCGGACGGGUCGGAAGCAAGGCGCCCGGAGCCGUGGUUAGUUUUGUUACCCACCGGUGGGAUGUGGACCUGGUGCGUAAAAUAGAGACGGCGGCCCGGAAAAGGACAGGUCUGCCAGGCAUGGACUCCUCCAUUAAUAACCAUCCAUCUAAAGGAGGUUGA